AUAAAAGGCAAAAUUAUGGCUAAAGUGGUAUCAUAGUUACAGCAACUUAUAUUGUAUCUGUUUGUAUCUGCUUGGAACCAAGCAUGAAAAACAAAACAAAUGUGUGAUGUUUGUGUUAUGUGUUUUGGGUGGAAAGUUUGCUGAUAUUAUUUCCACUGAGGUGAAAAUAGCAGCAUCACCGAUGGCCAAUCAAAUUGUCUUAAGUUUCUCCCCGCCCUCUUUAUAAACAUACAAUAAAGUGAAUCAUUUAUAUUCCCGACGACAAUGUGUCUUCACAUUAACAAAGCCUCAAGUGGAUUAAUGAGAAAAUGCUGAUCAUUUUUUACUUCAUGCUCUCUGUCGUAGUUGGACGAUGCAAAGAUAAUCUGAGUGUUGGAACAAGAACUGUUGCUGUUGGAGAAGAUGUGACCCUAACCUGCCCGCGUUCGACCUCUGAGCAUAGAUCAUCUCUGUACUGGAUCAGAUUUAUUCCUGGACACUGGCCUGAAUUCUUGGGAGGAACAUAUUCCUUCGAUUUUAGUGAUAGUAUAGAAACUGCUCAUAUUACAGCAAAACAAGAGACAAAAUCCUUUAUCUUGCACAUUAGUAAAGUCCAGCACGGUGAUGCUGGCCUUUACUAUUGCUUAAAAGUUAAUUGGCUCAACAUGACUUUUUUAACGGGGGAAUUUCUGAGAAUCAGUGGAAAAGAGUCAAACAUCACUACCAUUGUCCAGCACCCUCUACCUGAUCGAGUUCAUCCAGGAAGCCCAGUCUCUCUACAUUGUUCAGUCCUCUUUAACACUCAAGAUAAAACUUGUUCAACAGAUCAUAGGGUGUUCUGGUUCCUAGCUGCAUCAGAUAAAUCUAAUCCUAGUUUAAUUUAUGCUCCUGCAAACCCCGGUAGUGAAUGUAAGAACAAUCCUGAGGAUCAUUCUGGGCGAAAAUGUAUCUAUAGCUUCUCGAAGAACGUCACUGCUUCUGAUGUUGGGACUUACUACUGUGCUGUGGCCUCAUGUGGAAUGAUUUUGUUUGGAAAUGGAACCAAACUGGACAUAGAAGGUCCCAGCAUGUCAGAUUUGCAGAAGACAAAUGCAGUUUUUAUUGUGUUAUUUGCCAUUUUGACUGCAAGUGUGAUUAUUAUAUUCAUUCUCACUUACAUCCUCAUGAAGAAAACUUGUCACUGUUCAAAUGAUGCUAAAGGGGCUCAUGAUGAUCAGCAGAUUCAGCAGAGAGGCGAGAACUCGUUGGUUUACAGUGCUCCCAUAUUGACCAAAAGGAAAGCUGCCAAAAUAGAGAGAAGAAACAAAGAAACAUCAGAGGUUGUCUACAGUGGUGUCAAUUAAUUAGUACUUGAUUAAUAUCUUCAUAAAUCUGGUUGCUACUGGAAAUGUUUUUAUUUUUCUUCAAUUCUUUGAAAAAGCAUUUAACCAGGCUAUAUUUUGCCUGGUUAAAUGAAAAAUUACAAUGCACAGUGGUGAAAACUUUGUCUUGUUUAAAAACACCCUGUGUUUUUUUUUUUUUUUUUAUUGCUUAGCAUGGGUGUACUUGUGUGUAUUUCUCUGAUGCAUACUGACGUAUGAAUAAAUUGAAACAGUAAUCCUAAUAUUUUAUAAUGUGUAAUAUAACACACUUUCCAAAACUGUUUGGUUUAAAUAAAAAGAGUCAUUUGUUUUACUAUUGCUAAAUGGUAAAUACAAGUGAAAGAGUUUCUGAUUAAUGAGAUUGAUAGCCCUACUCUGUAAAAAAAAAAAGUAUCUGGAUUUUUUAAUCAAUUUUUAUUACAUGUGUUCAUGUGUGAUGGAUUUUUUUUUUUUAAGUUUAUUUUAAACUUUCUUAAUACAAUAUCUAAAUGUGUCUAAAACUGAAUAAUAAUUCUUUAAUUGGGACCUAGCAAAAUAGAUACACUGUUGGCCAAAGUUCACAUAAGAGUUCAAAGAAAAAUUUUAGAAAUCUGAAAAAGUAGGUAAGUUAUUUCCCGCCUUCGCAUUAUGAUCAUCAGAGUACAAAACAGUUCAGACCAUAUCAACUAAAAAAAAACAAAAACUAAACAAAUGUACAUGCAUGCCCAUGUUACACUUAAAUACGUGACCACUGCCUCUAAUGAGGCAGUUACCUCAUGAGAUGCUGUAGGCCUGAUGGGAGCAAAACAUUUUCAGGAAUUGAUUUUUUUUUUUCUCUAAAGAAAGUUACAAUUCAAAUUAAUCUUUAUAAUUUAUGUGUUUCUUUUUUUCUGUAUCCCCUUGGUAGCCUGGUUUUGGGUUGUGUUAUCUUGAUCUGUUCAGUCAAAUUCCUUAACAAAAUAAUAACAUUCUUGUAAAGUCUUUGGAAUCCACAAUUUCCUUCUUUAUAGACAACUGGAGAGAAAGCAGUACUGUUUGUAUGAAUCAGCAUUUAUAUUCAGCAAUAAAAAAAAUCAGCUAAUAAAACUAUACAUUCGCUGAAUUUGUUUCCAAAAUUGCCUUCAAAAUUGAUUACCACCAGAAACUCUUCUGCUUAGCAUUU